GAAAUGCAAAGAAGAUUGGCCGAGCAAACGGAACAGAUCGAUGAAUUGACUGAUAAAGUGGGCGCGACAAUGAGUCAACUUCAAACGCUGAUGCAAGACAUUGAAAUGAUGGACGAGCACUACGCAAGAGCGUACGCGCGAUGUCAGCAUCUGACUGAUAAACUGAAACAACGCACUGAAGAGAUUGCAGCCCUGAAAUUGGAAAUGUCCGAGCUGAAAGCCCAAUUAGCGUAUCAGAAGCGUGCCGUUGCAAUUUUACAAGAUGCCGGCGAUUCAUCGGAAUCACAAGCUGUUCAGUUGAUCGAACAGUGUACGGAAAUGUCGACUGAUUUGGAGCGUAUACAUACUAAGGUGGAUUCACUGAAUGGUAUUUGUGCGACGAACAGCGCUCAAUUGGACGAGCUCAGAGAUGAACACGAGGCACGAACGGAAGCGGCCGUGAAGCGAGCCACAUCGAUGAAUCAGCUGAUGCAACAGCAAACGGCUGCGAUCGACUCGAAUUGUGGUACGAUUCAUCGAACUUAUGUCUUCUUUUAUUUGUAUUUUUGUUGUUUUUGA